AUGCGCGAGUCAGACCCCUGCACGGGACAGAUUUUGUACCAGCUGAAUCCUGGGGCGCUGGGGGUGAACCUGGUGGUGGAGGAAACAGAAACCAAAGCUAAGCACGUGAUAAAGCAGGUGGAAUGCAUCGAUGAGCAUCAUGCCAAUGAUGCCCUGGAGGAGCUGAUGCCACUGCUGAAGCUCCAGCACGCCCACAUCUCUAUGUAUGAAGAGAUGUUCAUCACGUGGAACGCGGAGACCUCCUCUCUGUUCCUCUGCCUGGUGAUGGAGUUCCACCGAGUCAGCUUCCAGGACGUCAUUGAGAGUAAGAGGAAGGCGAAGGAAGUCAUUGAGCCUGAGUGGCUGCAGGACGUGCUGGGCCAGGUGCUGGACGCGCUAGAAUACCUGCACCAGCUGGACAUCGUCCACAGGAACCUCAAACCCUCCAACAUUGUCCUCAUCAGCAGCAACCACUGCAGACUGCAGGACCUGAGCCCCAGCAAGCUGAUGACCCACGAGGCCAAGUGGAACAUACGUGCGGAGGAAGAUCCCCUCCAUAAAUCCUGGAUGGCCCCCGAAGCCCUCCACUUCUGCUUCAGCCAGAAAUCCGACAUCUGGUCGCUGGGCUGCAUCCUGCUGGACAUGACCACCUGCUCCUUCCUGGACGACACAGAAGCCAUGCACCUGCGCAGGUCCCUCCGCCAGAGCCCAGGCGGCCUGAAGGGCGUCCUGCAGACAAUGGAGGAGAAGCAGAUUCCAGACGCCAAAACCUUCGUGUUUCUUUUGCCCCUGAUGCUCCAGAUCAGCCCCUCGGAUCGAGUCACCAUCCGGGACGCGAUACACGUCACCUUCGUGAGCAACGCAUUCAAGUCCUCGUGCGCCGCUCUGAGCCUGCACCAGCAGAUACUGCCUGAAUGCAUCACGGACAUGCUGUUAGGAGGCAAUAUCGCCAGCAUCUUAGAGGUCAUGCAGAACUUCUCCAGCCAACCCGAGGUGCAGCUCCGGGCCAUGAAGAGGCUCCUGACGAUGCGCGAGGACGAGCUAGGUCUGCCGUGGCCCGUGGAGCUGCUGGAGAUGGUGACCGCCGCCAUGCGGCAGCACGAGAGGAUCGCCGACGUGCAGCUGUGCGCCUGCUCCCUGCUGCUGCGCCUCCUGGGCCAAGCGCUAACGCGCGACCCAAAAGCUGAGGCUCCAUGCGACAGCUCAGUCUUCUCCACCCUGCUGAGCACCCUGCGGAGCCACCCCGAGGUGAAGCAGCUCACUGUCCUGGUCUACAGCCUGCUGUCCAUCAUCGUGAGCCAGGCAUCGGUCUCGGAGGAGCUGCAGAAGGCCGGGCUGUUCGAGCACAUCCUGGAGCACCUGGACAGGUCUCCUGAGAACAGGGACAUCUGCGUCAGUGGCCUGAGCCUGCUCUGGUGCCUCCUGGUGGAUGCUGUCAUUGUGGACAAGGCCCCCUUGGAGAAGGCCCCGGCCCUCCUCAUCCAGGUGCUGGACGCCUACCCCGCGGACGCAGAGAUGGCCGAGGCCGGCUGUGCAGUGCUCUGGCUGCUGUCCUUGCUGGGCUGCGUAAAGGAGAGCCAGUUUGAACAGGCGGCAGCAGUGUUCCUGCAAAGCAUCCAACUGUGCCAGGACAGAGUCCUGCUGGUGAACAACGCCUACCGGGGACUGGCCAGCCUUGCGAAGGUGUCAGAGCUGGCGGCUUUCCAGGUGGUGGUGCAGGAGGGAGGCACCAGUGGCCUUUGCCUCAUCAAGGAGACCUACCAGCUCUACAAGGACGACCCCGACGUGGUGGAGAACAUUUGCAUGCUGCUUGCCCACCUCGUUGCCUACAAGGAGAUCCUGCCUGAGCUGGUGUCCCACGGCAUCCACACCCUGGCCCGGGAGAUCAAGGAGCGCUUCACCUCCAGCCUGGUGAGUGACGCUGGGCCUCCUGCCAACCAUGCCCCCACCAGCUUCAAGCUCCCAACCUGGGGGCGCCGAGUCCAGGGCUUGGAAUAA